UCACCCGGGAGAUUGAUGGCUGCGCCGGCCAAUAGGAACGCGCGGCGCAGGGGGCGCGGCCAAUGGCAUCGCGUCGGGGGCGGGGCUUGCGGGGAGCCGGGCGCAGCCAUGCUCCGCCGCUCGCUCUGGCUCUGUCUCUGCCUCUGCUCCUGCCCGGCCCGCGGGUUACGCAUCCAUGAAUAUUUGUAUUUCCAAGUGCUGAGCCCCGGGGACAUCCGCUACAUCUUCACUGCCACCCCAGCCAAGGACUUUGGGGGGGUGUUUAACACAAGGUACGACCAGAUCCACCUGGUCCCAGCAGAUCCUCCUGAAGCCUGUGGAGAGCUGAACAAUGGUGUCUUCAUCCAGGACCAGAUCGCCUUGGUGGAGAGAGGGGGCUGCUCCUUCCUCUCCAAGACACGAGUGAUCCAGGAGCACGGCGGCCGCGCCGUGAUCAUCGCGGACAACGCCUACGACAACGACAGCUUCUACAUCGAGAUGAUCCAGGACAGCACCAGGAGGACAGCUGACAUCCCUGCACUCUUCCUGCUGGGCAGGGAUGGGUACAUGAUCAGACGCUCCCUGGAGCAGCACGGGCUCCCCUGGGCUGUCAUCUCCAUUCCUGUCAACGUCACCAGCAUCCCCACCUAUGAAAUGAUGCAGCCUCCCUGGACCUUCUGGUAGCAGCAGGAACCUGCAGCAGAUCCAGGGUUUCCUGGUGGAUCCCAGGAGCUGGCCCCAGGGACCAGGUUUGAGGAAGAAGUCAGAGAUCCCACCACCCAACCUCAUCAGCCUCAGCAAGGAGCAGAUCCUCCUGCUGGCUGGAGAGCAAACACCAGCACCCAGGGGGACAACCUCAAGCCUGGCACCCAGCACCCUUUGUAGAGACUUCCUGGGAGUGGUGGUGGGGGGGAUGGCCCAGAGCAAGUCAGUGUUUCCCUGAGAAACAUCUGAAGGACGUGUAAGAUGCCACCAGAAAUGUGUGCUGCUAAUCUGGAGGGUUCUGGGGAUGUAGGCUGAGAGGGAUGGGAGAGACACGGGUUUGGGCUGUCCUGGCAGGGCUCACCCACCAGCUGUAUAUUUUUGUCUGAAUUAAUGAAGUCUGAACAAGUUUUAAGAGAA